CUGGACGCUGCGCGGCAGUUGCUUCAAAUCGCGGGCGUGGGAACGUGGGGUGCAAGACGGGUCCCCUUCUUCGCGGCUCGCAUCCGGCACCAUGGCUCAAAGGGCCUUCCCGAAUCCUUAUGCCGAUUAUAACAAAUCCCUGGCCGAAGGCUACUUUGAUCCUGCAGGGAGGCUGACUCCUGAGUUCUCACAACGCUUGAACAAUAAGAUUCGAGAGCUUCUGCAGCAAAUGGAGAAAGGCCUGAAGUCAGCAGACCCUCGGGAUGGCACCGCUUACACUGGCUGGACAGGUAUUGCUGUGCUUUACUUACAUCUCUAUAAUGUGUUCGGAGACCCUGCCUACCUGCAGCUGGCCCAUGACUAUGUGAAGCGAGGCCUGAGCUCCUUGUCCAAGCGGUCCAUCACCUUCCUUUGUGGGGAUGCGGGCCCGCUGGCGGUGGCCGCCGUGGUGCACAGCAAGAUGCACAAUGAGAAGCAGGCAGAGGAUUGCAUCACCCGGCUAAUUCACCUAAAUAAGGUUGAUCCCCAUGCUCCAAAUGAAUUGCUGUAUGGACGAGUGGGCUACAUCUAUGCUCUUCUCUUUGUGAAUAAGAACUUUGGAGUAGAAAAGAUUCCUCAAAGCCAUAUUCAUCAGAUUUGUGAAACAGUCUUAACAUCUGGAGAAAACCUAGCUAAAAAGAGAAACUUCACAGGAAAGACUCCACUGAUGUAUGAGUGGUACCAAGAAUAUUAUGUGGGGGCUGCUCAUGGCCUGGCAGGAAUUUAUUACUUCCUGAUGCAGCCCAGCCUUCAGGUGAGCCAUGCAAAGUUACACAGUUUGGUCAAGCCCAGUGUAGAGUAUGUCUGCCAGCUGAAAUUCCCCUCCGGCAAUUACCCUCCUUGUGUGGGCGACACUCGAGAUCUGCUAGUCCACUGGUGCCACGGUUCCCCUGGGGUCAUCCACAUGCUCAUCCAGGCCUAUAAGGUGUUCAGAGAGGAGCAGCACCUCAGCGAUGCCUGCCAGUGUGCUGAUGUGAUCUGGCAGCACGGGCUGCUGAAGAAGGGGUACGGGCUGUGCCAUGGCACCGCGGGGAAUGCCUACGCCUUCCUGGCCCUGUACAACCUCACGCAGGAUGUGAAGUACCUGUAUAGGGCCUGCAAGUUUGCUGAGUGGUGCUUAGAUUACGGAGAACACGGAUGCAGAACACCAGACACCCCCUUCUCCCUCUUUGAAGGAAUGGCCGGAACCAUAUAUUUCCUGGCUGACCUCUUGGUGCCCUCGAAAGCCAGGUUUCCUGCGUUUGAGCUGUAAAAGGACAGCCUGCCCCCUGCAACUCACUGCAUGGCCGUUUCUGCAUAUCAGACCUGAGCUAAGUGCUGUCGUUGCUUUGCAAGGAAACAGUCACACCGUGUCCUUCAUUUAGUUGAUAUUUUUUUGAGUUUGUGUUUGGUUCAGUUUCUUUUCUUUAUCAUUUACUAUUAUUUAAAAUAUCCAAGAAAUCUUUUAACUUCACUUUCUUUCAAAAAGGAAAUUGGGUGGUAUGUACAAUAUUUUGAGGGCAUAUGUGUAUAUAUAUUUUGUAAAUUGGAGGAAAUCUUGCUCUUAUUUAAGCUUAUGAAUAUAACUGUUACUAUUCUAAAAAUGUUAAAAAGAAAUGGAAUGUAGAUAAACAAAAGUAAAUGCAUGAUUAUUGUUGGACAUUGCCCUCUACCUCUGCUCCUCAGUGUUUUUUUCUCCAACAGGA